CAUCGGGAAACCCAUUUCUUCUGUUCCCAUGUAUGUACCGGCCGCAUCCGCUCGAGUCACUCCACCCUCUCAGGCCACUCCCACGCCAACAACCAGCGCACCCUCUGUUACCACGGCGACCGUUUCUUCACCUGUGGUAGUGGUGCAGAGCCUGACGCCUGUGUUGCAAAGUGGGGAUAGCCGCAGUACAUCAUCGGGAUGGACCACCCCAUCAGGAAGGGUAACGCCUUCAGGACGCAGGACGCCGUUAGGAAAGGCAGGAGAGGGGUCUCUGCGCCAGGGAGUUCCCCAAAAACCUUAUACUUUCAUGGAUGAAAAAGCAAGGGGGCGCUUCGGCGUGAUCCGUGAGUGUCGGGAGAACGCCACAGGGAACCUCUUCAUGGCUAAGAUAGUUCCAUAUGAGGCGGAGAACAAGCAGGCGGUGCUACAGGAGUACGACAUCCUCAAGUCCCUUCACCAUGAGCGGAUCAUGGCUCUGCAUGAGGCCUACGUCACACCGCGCUACCUGGUCCUGAUCUCUGAGUACUGCAGUGGGAAGGAGCUGCUCUACAGCCUCAUAGACCGGUUCCGAUAUUCGGAGGAUGAUGUGGUGGCCUACGUGACGCAGAUCCUUCAGGGUCUGGACUACCUCCACACACGGAGGAUCCUCCACCUGGACAUCAAACCAGAAAACAUCAUCGUCACCUACAUGAAUGUCAUUAAAAUCAUUGACUUUGGCAGCGCUCAGACCUUUAAUCCUCUCUUCCUCAAGCAGUUCAGCCCUCCGAUCGGAACACUGGAGUACAUGUCUCCAGAGAUGUUGAAGGGGGAUGUGGUGGGCCCUCCAGCUGACAUCUGGAGUGUGGGCGUUCUGACUUUCAUCAUGUUGAGCGGCAGGUCGCCAUUCAUGGAAAAUGAUCCUCAGGAGACUGAAGCCAGAAUCCAGGCAGCAAAGUUUGAUCUGUCAAAACUCUACCAGAAUGUGUCCCAAAGUGCCUCUCUGUUUCUUAAAAAGAUCCUCUGUAGCUACCCUUGGGCCCGUCCAUCCAUUAAGGACUGCUAUAAUAACUCGUGGCUUCAGGAUGCCUACCUGAUGCGCCUUCGUAGGCAGACUCUCACCUUUACAACUACACGUCUCAAGGAAUUCUUGGCCGACCAGCAACGAAGGCGAGAGGAGGUGGCCACCAAGCACAAAGUUCUCCUACGCUCCUACCAGAGCUCACCGCAAACUCCCACCAGCCCGGCCACGCCGAAUGUGCCAACUACACCUACCACACCUGCUGCCCAGUAAAAAAAAAAACAAACACAACCGAAUUCCACACAACAGGGAAGAGCAGCGUCCCACUGAGACAAGACUGUGUCCCUUCAGAUGAGACUUAAACCAACUGCAGUGGCUGCGAUCCACAGACACACAGCUGUUUGAUUCUUAUUCUGAGUCUGAAAGAGAAUUUUAAAGAACGCCUUCAUUCUUGAGAAACUCUUUCAAAGACUCCAGAGUCUGACACUAUUUGUAUUUUUUUUAAUAGGGUGGACCUUGUUCAUACGAGGCAGGGUCUUGUCUUGAAGUUAGUACCUCAAGGUUUGUAACUUUGCAUAUAUUUUGGAUAAACAACUUCCUUUCUUACUUUCAGUUCUACACAAUUAGAGGAGACACAUAUGAACACCGCAGAGGGUCUGAUAUUCAUGUGAUUUUACAAUUUUACUAUUGA